AUGUUCAGCUCUGUAAUCAUGAAGCUUAUUCUUGCUGUGCUGGUGUUGGUUUUGGUGGUCGAGACCCAGGCGCAAUGGCACCAAUACCCAGGACAAGCCAUUGGAGGUGCAAAGGACAUGUUUCGUGCUUACCGGGAUAUGAGGGAGGCCAACUGGAAAAACUCAGACAAGUAUUUCCAUACACGCAGGAACUAUGAUGCUGCAAGCAGGGGCCCCGGAGGCAAAUGGGCAGCCGAAGUGAUCAGUAAUGCAAGAGAGGCUCUUCAGGGAUUGGGUGAUUCGGGCCGAGGUAAAGUGGACUCUGAAGCUGACCAGGAUGCCAAUCGCUGGGAACGUAACGGCGGUGACCCCAACCGCUACAGACCGAAAGGCCUUCCCAAUAAGUACUGAAAAGAAGAUCAUAAGUGCGAUAGAAAAUGACUGAAAUCAUUUUGCUGUAAUACUCCUUGAUUCAGUUUUGCAUAAAAAAACAUUUCACUUUUUUUACUGCAUCUUGACAAUUAUCUUUAACUAAAUCUGCA